CUCUUUCCUGCCCUGCCUGGCUCCCUUAUACUGAGUAGCUAUCUAUCUAUCUAGAGAGAGCUAUGGAGUUUCAGGACCACCCCCACCAGAACCAGAACCAUCUCUCUCAUCAUCAACAACCAGAGGAGGAAGAAGAAGAAGAAGAUAAAAUGGCUCUCCAGAAGCAAGACGACGACGCCGCCUUUCUGCGCUCCGCCGACGUCCUGAACCACCCUCUGUACGACCAGCUGCUGGCGGCUCACGUCUCCUGCCUCAGAAUCGCCACCCCCGUCGACCAGCUCCCCAGAAUCGACGCUCAGCUCGCCCAAUCCCAAAGCGUCGUCUCUAAGUACUCCCUUCUAGCUCAGGCCCACCCUCCUUUGGAUGACAGAGACCUUGAUCUAUUCAUGACACAUUAUGUUCUGUUGCUCUCCUCCUUUAAAGAACAACUGCAGCAGCAUGUCCGAGUGCAUGCUAUGGAAGCUGUCAUGGCCUGCUGGGAACUUGAGCAGUCUCUACAGAGCUUAACAGGGGUAGCACCAGGUGAAAGUACAGGUGCAACGAUGUCUGACGACGAAGAUGAACAGGACGACAGUGACACCAACUUAUUUGAUGGAGGUCUAGAUGGAUCAGACACCAUGGGUUUCGGUCCCCUGGUUCCUACUGAAACUGAGAGGUCACUUAUGGAGCGAGUUAGACAAGAACUGAAGCAUGAGCUCAAACAGGGUUACAAAGAGAAGAUAGGGGACAUCAGGGAAGAAAUUUUACGCAAAAGAAGAGCUGGAAAGCUGCCCGGUGAUACUACUUCUGUCCUAAAAGCCUGGUGGCAGUCACACUCAAAAUGGCCUUAUCCAACGGAGGAAGACAAGGCACGACUAGUGGCAGAGACUGGGUUGCAACUGAAACAGAUAAACAAUUGGUUCAUCAACCAAAGGAAAAGAAAUUGGCACAGCAAUUCUUCCUCAUCAACUUCUUCUCAGAAGAGCAAACGCAAGAGUGCAGGUGAUAAAUUAAGCGGCGAGCAUUUCAUGUGAGAAGAGACACCACCGGAAGGCACAAAUGCUUAAAACAGAAGAGGAUGCAAGAGUCUACCAAAAGGGGGGUGUGGCAAGCUUACAAUUCUAAGACUUGUACUUGACUGGAGUAUGCUGCCGUGUCAUGAGUAUAAGUGUAUAUACAGUAGCAA